CAUAUAGGGACGGCUGCAUCAUGCGUUGUCAGUAGUUCGUUGUGGUGUGCAUGAGCUGCCCUUCUAUGUUGUUAAUGGCCUGGAGGGCGGCCUUAUUGGUGGUCAGUGCGGCCUCGGUGGUGGUAAUGGCGUGGCGGAUGCUGUCCUUGGCGAGGCCGAGCUGAGCCGACAACACACCCAUUACGGUACCUGCACACACCCAGAGCAGUAGAUGGAUGCACGACCGUAGACAGUACACGACACGUGCAAAAAUGUGUGUGUUAUGUAUAUGUGAGGAGCCAUGCAUUUCGGUCUCCACACAUGCACGCGUCCCCCACCUAACUGUGGCUAUCGUGCCGCGACCCUCUGUCCUCGAUGAACGAAGUCGGAGGAAUGAUACUGGCCGAACUCUCAACUGCAGCGCACCACGCAUGCACAACACACCGGUGUGCUCCUUCUUUCCAGAUCCCAUCCGAUGGACGCACCGUAUUUGUCUCUGGCGGCCUGGAUCUCCUGACCACGGCGCACAAACGACGCACCUGCACACAGCCGACGACGAUUCGAACGAACGGCAUACAUGUGAAUGAAUGAGCCACACACGCAUAGAUCUCCACCGUACAUGUCGGUAUUGCAGUCCUUCCCCUCGCAAUCGUCGGCGCCAU